GCCGACCACCUCCAAACCCCAAACCCCAGGUCGCUUUCGGUUCCACGCAGUUCCCGCGGCGCCGAUACAGAGAGCAGGUCGCCUGCCCUCCCGCCCAUGGCGCCCGCCGCCACCAUGGACGAUGUGCCGGAGCCGGACACAUCGACUGCAUUUACCAUAUUGAAGCAGAAGGUGGAGCUUGACUUCAGCUUCUUCCCUCGCCGCGUCAAAGGGAAAACGACGAUAGACAUACAACCACAGGAUGAACACCUGCGCUACAUUCAGCUCAACUGCCGGCAGCUGGAUAUCACAUCGGUUCGGGUUGGCAGCUACAAUGCGACCAAGUCAACAUACCACUGCGACCUGUACAAACGCCUGAAUCUUCGGCCAGGUUCCGAUAUUCAUCAGCAUCACUUGGUCAAGAAGCGCCUUACAGAUCAUACUGAUCUCAGAGAGCUGGAGCUGGAGAUAACGGUACCGCCCGCGGUAAAGAUCCGACGGAUGAACCCUGAGGAUGCGACAGCAGACCAGGUAGCCGCGACCACAUUCGGAGGGGACGGAGAGAACUUGUACACACCGGUGAAGGUCGAGAUUGAGUACGUCCUGGAAAAUCCUCGGGAUGGACUGCAGUUCGUGGGCGUGGAGGACGGCGAUGCGAGGUAUCCGCACGCAUACACACGGAAUUCGCCUUACCCCGGAACCGCAUCCUGCUUGUUUCCUUGCGUGGAUGACGGCAAUACAAAGUGCAUAUUUGACAUAUCCGUCCGCUAUCCACGGACUUUGGGCGAUGUUUACGGGAAAUCUGGACUUGCGGGCGCGCGUGCGAAUGGGAUUUCAUUGUCAAGGUCACCGAAGGCCGACAGUGUCAUGAGUGACGUGGAUGAGGACAUGGCAGACCUUACUGAAGAGGAGAAAACGCUGGAGAUGUCAGUGAUCUGCUCUGGAGAGCUUACGGAUGAUAUAUGCGAUCCGAAUGAUCCUACACGGAAAACUGCAAGCUUUACAUGUGCGGUCCCUGUCCUUCCACAGCACGUCGGCAUCGCGGUGGGACCGUUUAAUCAUGUGGACCUAUCCGAAUACCGCGAUACGCAAGAUGACGAACGACUAGGCUCCAACGCAAUCAGAGUGCAUGCGUUCUGUCUCCCAGGGCGAGAGGACGAAGUGCGUAACAGUGCCAUGAUCCUCGCCAGGACUCUGGACAGUUUCACCGAAGUCUAUCAAAGCUACCCUUUCGAAAAGGCAUACAAACUUGCCUUCGUGGACGAUCUAGACUACGACGUUGCUCACUCGGCAUCAUUUUCCAUCUGUAGCUCCCGUCUUCUGUUUCCAGAGACGAUAUGGGAGCCAUUGGAGAAUACUACUCGUAUUCUGGUUCACGCGGUGGCCAGCCAAUGGAUUGGAAUCAAUGUAACCCCGCAGCGACCCAGAGAUCAAUGGAUCAUUGUGGGGGCCUCCUGGUUCAUGGCUGAGUUAUAUCUACGCGAUCUGUUUGGGCGCAAUGACCACCGGUUCCGGCAGAAAAUGAACGUGGAUAAGAUUCUGAAACUUGACGUCAGACGUCCCUCGCUAUCGAUACUGGGGGAAUAUAUGACCGUUGAUCCAGGCGAGGCGGAGUUCAUGGCGCUGAAGGCACCAAUGGUUCUGGCUAUUCUCCAUAAUAGACUUGUGAAGCAGAGCGGCCGGAAUGGUGUGGACCGAUGCUUGUGGCGCUUGCUGUUCAACGCACGUAACGAGAAACUACCCAACGGCAUGAUCACCACGGAAGGUUUCCAGGAGAUCUGCGAGAAGGUAGGGCAUCAGAAGCUCGGCACCUUUUUCCAACAGUGGGUGUACGGCUCAGGAUGCCCGACGUUCGAAUGUCACCCUGUCUUCAAUAAAAAGAAGCAGGUCAUCCAACUCACGAUCAAGCAGACGCAGGCCGACCCGACACUGAGGCCCGAAGAGCGUCCUCUGAAUGCCAACGACUUAGUGAGGGAGGGGAAAGAGAAGGCGAAUGGUUUCCGUCCGAGCACGGAAUGGCCAGCUUUCGUGGGACCAAUGACUAUACGAAUCCAUGAAGCAGAUGGGACUCCAUACGAGCACAUCGUUGACAUAAACUCGUCCACGGUGAAGGUUGAGAUACCCUACAACACCAAAUACAAGCGUCUCAAGAAAAGCCGUAGGGACAAGGAACGCCUCGCUGCCGCGGCUGGACUCGAUACAACCGGUGACACCCAAGAAGAUGCUAUCAUUUACAUGCUCGGAGAUCUGUUCGAGACGCGAGAGGAGAUGCAAGAAUGGCGAAUCUCGGAAUGGUCCCAGGAGGACGAGGCUAGGAUGGAUCAGGAGUUCUAUGAGUGGAUUCGAGUGGACGCCGACUUUGAAUGGAUAUGCCGCACCAACAUCAACGAGAUGCCGGCUUACAUGUAUGUGUCGCAAUUGCAGCAAGACAAAGAUGUGAUGGCGCAGGCAGAGUCUAUUCAAUGGCUGGCCCUCAAGGAGGGUCACCCGCUUAUAUCCAGCAUUCUCCUGAAGACAUUGAUGGAUAGCCGCUACUUCCAUGGCAUCCGGACUAUGGCCGCAAAUGUCAUUGCUAGCAGUGCGAGGAAACAGCUGGAUUGGAUAGGGUUCUUUCAUUUGAAGAAGGCUUUCCAAGAGCUCUAUUGCAUUCCUGGGUCGCCGAUGACACGCUCGAAUGACUUUUCCGACCGCGCGGCAUACAUUAUUCAAUGCGCCAUCCCCAAAGCGAUUGCGAGGAUAAAGGGUGCGGACGGUAAAGCGCCUAUGUUCGUCAAGCGAUUCCUUCUGGAUCUCAUCCGCUAUAACGAUAAUCGUGGCAACGAGUACAGCGACGAUUUCUAUCUUUCCACUCUCAUGCUCGCCCUGGCACAAUCGCUCACCAUCACGAGAACACAUGAUACGACCCAUAGACCCCAGUUGAGUUUUCAGGAGGAGAACGAAGAAUUCGAGUUUCUCAAGAAGGCUCUAGAAGAACUGGGUCGUCACCGACGCCUUGACGAAUGGAUCCCGACGUAUCAGAACAUUUACACCAUCACAGGCCUAGAGUGCGCACUCAUGCUGAUGAAGAAUCAAGUGACCCCGUUGAAGCCUUCAGAGUUUCUGCAGUAUACGCGGCGGGUCAAUGCAGACAAUGUUCGGCUAAAGGCGUGGGAUUGCUUGGUUCAAGUGGGCAUGAUCAAGAACGACAGCGUUGUGAAGUACAUGAUAAAUGAGAUCUCAACAGACAGAUCUCCUUACUUCCGUGCGAACCUGUUACGCACGUUUGAAGUUGCUCUGGGGCAGGUUGCUUUGGGCGAUGUCUUCAAGCUGGAAAGGAUCGUGGCUCCCACUACAAGUUUGGUCAUCGAACAAGAAGACGUUCUGCCCGAUCGUGGAGAAGAGGUAGCACGACGCAAGCUGGAAGGCGCGCUGCGAGGGUUGAGAGCCGACCUGAGCGGUAACGAGACUCUCCGGGAGGCACUUACAAAGGCGCUACAGUCGACGACUCUUUCGGUACGGGACGUUGCGGAAGUGCUGGAGAUAUGCGCGAUGCUGUACACUCCGGUCAAUAAGGCGAUGGUCGUUUUCAAGAUACCCAAGUACUGGAAGGCGGAGCACCUGGGCAAUGCGGUGAUGCGUUUCUACCACUCGGAUCGUUACCGCACGAAGCCGUCGAAACCGUACGGUAAACCGGAGGAGCAGCCUGCUGCGGCUGGCCCACCAAAGCUUCAGAUAGCUCCGCCACAGGCACAGGAGGCUCCCGCCGCUCCAAAGCCCCUUGGUCUGAAGCUUAAGUUCAAAACAUCAUCGGCUACCGAACCGAAGCCGCCAACGGACACUCUUCGUCCUGCACCAGUAGUGCCAACACCGAAGCCAGCUGUAUCACCAGGAACGACUCCCUCUGCUGCACCUACUCCCUCAAUUCCCACCGUUGCACCUUCUGCCGCCUCUCACACUGUUCCUGCUUCCCGCCUAGUGGUUCCUCCUCAACCUACCACGACACUACCACCACCAGCAUCCAAACCCGAACCAGCAGUAUCCCCUAAACCCUCACCACCAGCGCCCAAUCCAGCGCCCGCUUCUUCCACCCCGGCAGCACCGCCAGCCAAACCCGCAACGCCCGUCAUCCGCUUGUCGAAACCCACGAGUAAUACCAACGCUACCACCAGUAACAAACCCGCCAAACCCCAAAACUCCACCGUUGUCAAUCACAACAACGCCGGCAUGUCUUCGUCCUCGCCUCGACCCCGCAAAGUCGUCAUCCUCCGCCUCCCACCGGCGCAACUCGCUCGCAUGCGGGACUCGCCGAGCAAUAACCGGCUCACUCCCCAUGCGAGCAACACCGCUACGAAUAGUAUCGUCAAUGGUGGACAUAAGAGGAAAGCGGAGAAUUCGCCAGAGGGGGCGGCGCAGCGUGGGCCUAAGAGGCAGGCUAGUGUUGAACCUCUUGGGUCUACCUCUGCCGCUGGUGGUGGUGGUGGUGGUGGUGGUGGUGUUAAUGGGUUCAGUGCUGGAGGGGGAGGGAGUCGGAUCGUGAGGUUGAGGAUUGGGAGGGCGAAUGCGGAGGUGUUGAGGGGGAGGGGUGUGGAGUAGUGGUGGUGAUUUGGGUGAUGAGGUGGGCUUUUGAGAGGGAGAGAGAGUUGGAGCGGGGUAAAGGGGCGGUCGAUGUAUUAUAUCGCUUUACGGGUUUCUUCGUUCCUUUCUUUUUUGGUUUACGAGGGCGUUUUUCUGGGG